AUGUACACUCAAAACCAAUCUCCCUCUAACACGCAGCUCUCACCCCUCGAAUCCCUCCCCGACGAGCUCCUCGACCUAAUCCUUUCCUACCUUCCCUCCAGAACCACCCUCCACACCCUCACCCUCGUCUCGCGGCACCUAAACCGCCUCGCAACCGCCCACCUCUACACGCACAUCACGCUCUACGGCGCCGACUUCAAGUACCUGCGUCCGCUCGCUCUCCUCUUCUGGACAUCUCCGGCCCAUCGCCAGCUAUCUGUUGUUGAGAAGCUGUCCGAAUCUGAAGAGGAUGCAGUUGCCAGGGUUUGA